AUGGAGAUGAGCUUGUUGAUUUCUGCGGUGGAAUGGGUAUACACUCAUAUAAAGUUCUCAGACGUGGUUUUAGCCCUAAUAGGGUUUUUUCUUCUUAGUUACUUGCGUGAGAAGUUACUGAGCAAGGGAGGUCCAGUGAUGUGGCCAGUGCUGGGAAUCACACCGAUGGUAGCGUUAAACAAAGACGAUCUGUUAGGUUGGUGCACGAGAGGCUUGGUCAGAGCAGGAGGGACGUUUCAUUACAGGGGAAUUUGGUUCGGUGGGUGUGGGUCCUACGGUAUUGUGACAGCAAAUUCUGCAAACGUCGAGCACAUUCUCAAAACAAAUUUCAAAAACUACCCGAAGGGGGAGUAUUAUAGAGAGAGGUUUCUUGAACUUCUUGAAGAUGGGAUCUUCAACGCUGAUGAUGAGCUUUGGAAGGAAGAGAGACGUGUGGCUAAAACUGAGAUGCAUUCUUCACGUUUCUUGGAGCACACGUUUUGUACUAUGAGAGAUUUGGUGGAGCUGAAGCUGGUGAAACUGAUGGAGAAGAUGGCUACUUCGAAGAGAGUUUUUGAUCUGCAAGACGUGCUCUUGCGUUUCACCUUUGAUAACAUAUGUAUCUCGGCCUUUGGGGUUGAUCCUGGAUCCUUGGCCAUGGACUUACCGGAGAUUCCUUUCGCUAGGGCUUUUGAGGAAGCUACGGAGUAUACGCUCGCUAGGUUUCUGAUGCCUCCUUUUGUGUGGAAGACAAUGAGGUUUCUAGGGAUAGGGUUUGAGAGAAAGCUGAAAACAGCGGUUAGAGUGGUUCACGCGUUUGCUAAUAAGACAGUGAGAGAGAGGAGGAACAAGAUGAGGAAACUCAGGAGCUUGAACGAUUCAUAUGAUCUCUUGUCACGUCUUAUGCAGAGAGAGUACGAGAAAGAAGAAGGGAACUACUUUUCAGACAAGUACUUCAGAGAGUUCAUCACAAGUCUCAUCAUCGCGGGUCGAGACACCACAUCUGUGGCUCUGGUGUGGUUCUUCUGGCUAGUUCAAAACCAUCCCCAAGUCGAGAAGAAAAUCCUAAGUGAAAUCAAAGAAAUACAUGGGAAACUUGCGUACCAAGAAACCAAUGAACCAUUCAAGGUACAAGAGCUUGAUGAAAUGGUGUAUCUACAAGCUGCUUUAACAGAGUCACUGAGGCUUUACCCUUCAGUACCAAUGGAGAUGAAACAAGCUUUAGAAGACGACAUAUUACCUGAUGGGACGAGGGUAAAGAAAAGCGCUAGGGUUCACUUCUCCAUCUACUCAAUGGGGAGAAUGGAAUCCAUUUGGGGAAAAGAUUGGGAAGAGUUCAAACCAGAGAGAUGGAUCAAAGAAGGAAAGAUUGUAAGUGGAGAUCAGUUCAAGUACGUUGUGUUCAAUGCAGGUCCAAGACUUUGUGUUGGUAAGAAGUUUGCUUACACACAGAUGAAAAUGGUGGCUGCAGCUAUCUUGAUGAGGUACAAGGUCAAAGUCGUGGAAGGACAGAACGUUGUUCCCAAGCUCACCACCACAUUGUACAUGAAGAACGGUCUGCUUGUUACCCUCCAGCCCCGCUACGGGUAA